AGCCACAGAAUCCAAACGGCACUGUCCGUAGAGAUCCCUGAACUAAACCCUAGAUUUAGAUACUUUUUGAAUAUUGAUUCAAGGAAACAAGCUUAACCCAAGCUUAUUAUAGUCUUGAUUCUUUAUUCAGUUUUCUGGCUCGGAAAUCCUGAGAAAAAAGAAAAUCGAAUUCUAGGGUUUGUUCCGCUUCCUGGUUCAGAAAUUCUGAGAAAAAUUCGAUGCAGAAGAAGCAAUAGACGUUUCAGAGGCAACAGUGAUGGGGUUUGGAAAGAAGUCGGGACCACAAUACACCGAUUUGGACAACCCUUUUCUCCAUAUGACUCAUCCACCUUCGCCACCUCCCCCAUCUUCUCAAGUUACUGCUUCUCAGAGAUCGCCAAGAUGGAGUGAUUAUGAUGCCCAAGUUUACCAGAGGCCUUCAGCAGCUCCAUCACUUUUUCCUUCACAUAAUUCUGAAACUAGCAUUUCAGCUAGGGUUUCCAGAUCCCAAGACUCCAAAAGGGCCAGAUCUCCUCCUGUACCAUCUAUGGGUGAUGAAGUUUCACGAAACUCCAAAAAAUUUGUUGUUGGAAGCCAUGCAGAUUCUCUUAGUGAAAAUCACAAUCGCUUAGUUCUACAGAGAAUGCGAUCACCUCCCUUGGCUCAUGAAAAGAAUCAUUCUCUUGAGGGUUUUCGCUCUCCUUUUGCAGAAGCUCAACAGUCUUCUUUAUCUUCCUCUGGAUGGGGUCACCGUCCUGAGGUGCCAAGCAGUUAUGCUAACCUGCCAACUCAUCAAUCCGUUGGCUCUGUCUCACCUUAUGUUGGUUCUUAUGAUUCUAGAAGAAGUUCUCCAACUAAGAUUACUGAUGCUCAAGCCCCCAAAAGAACCAGGUCCCCACCAAUACUUCCUGCAAAUGAAGUUUUCCAGGGAAAUAUUCAUCUUGCUCAAAAUAACUCUAAAAGGCCUUCUAUAUCUCCUCCAAGGUUCAGCGGGUCAAGUGUUCAUGCUCCUCCUGCUUCUCAAAUACUUAAGAAGUCCCCACCAUCUAUGCUCAGUAUUGAUGCUGAAGCUGCUGCAACCAAGCCCACUAGCAUCUCACGGACAAGGUCACCCCCUUUGCAUUCCAAUGAUCAUGUCUUCCAGGGAAACUCUUUUUCCACUCAAGAUGAUACUGAACGGGAAAUGCAAGCAAAGGCAAAGCGAUUGGCCCGCUUCAAGGUCGAACUAGAGCAACCUGUGCAAAGCAGCUUUGAUAUUGCUAAUCAAAAGAUUUCUGCAAAUAGACGUGAUCUGUCGAUGGUGGAGAAGCAAAAAAUAGCUGGGGAACAUUCUGUGGAUGUAGCAAGGAGUUUCCCUGAUGGCAAUGCUUUAGCUGAUCAUGAAGGCUUGGAACCACCCAGUAUUAUUAUUGGGUUAUGUCCAGAUAUGUGUCCUGAGUCAGAAAGGGCAGAACGAGAGAGGAAAGGGGAUCUUGAUCAGUAUGAGCGUUUGGAUGGGGAUAGAAACCAAACCAACAAAUAUCUUGCUAUUAAGAAGUAUAAUAGGACAGCAGAGAGAGAAGCGGUCUUGAUACGUCCCAUGCCGGUCCUGCAGCAGACAAUUGAUUAUCUUCUGAAUUUGCUAUAUGAGCCUUAUGAUGACAGGUUCCUUGGCAUGUAUAAUUUCUUGUGGGAUAGGAUGAGAGCAAUCCGGAUGGACCUGAGGAUGCAGCACAUUUUUGACCUACAGGCUAUUAGUAUGCUGGAACAAAUGAUAAGACUUCAUAUAAUAGCCAUGCAUGAAUUAUGUGAAUACACAAAAGGAGAGGGAUUUUCUGAGGGAUUUGAUGCACACCUCAAUAUUGAGCAGAUGAACAAAACUUCAGUUGAAUUAUUCCAAAUGUAUGAUGAUCAUAGAAAGAAGGGAAUAAUUGUGCCAACAGAAAAAGAGUUCCGUGGCUAUUAUGCACUUCUUAAGCUGGACAAGCACCCUGGGUACAAAGUUGAACCUGCUGAGCUCUCACUGGAUCUUGCAAAGAUGACUCCAGAGAUGAGACAAACCCCAGAGGUGGUAUUUGCCCGAGAUGUAGCAAGAGCUUGCAGAACAAGUAAUUUCAUUGCUUUCUUUCGGCUUGGGAAGAAAGCAAGUUAUCUUCAAGCAUGCCUAAUGCAUGCUCACUUUGCUAAGUUACGAACACAGGCACUUGCUUCUCUACACUGUGGCCUACAGAAUAACCAAGGUCUCCCUGUUGCCCAUGUUGCCAGGUGGCUUGGGAUGGAGGAAGAAGACAUAGAAAGCCUUAUAGAGUAUCAUGGGUUCUUGAUAAAGGAAUUUGAAGAGCCUUAUAUGGUGAAGGAAGGCCCAUUUCUUAAUGCUGAUAAGGACUAUCCCACCAAAUGUUCAGAACUUGUCCAUUCAAAAAAGUCAAAUACUAUAGUUGAGGAUGUUGCAUCUUCUUGUCAAUCAAUGUCCUUGCCUUCUGCAAAAGCAACAGAGCUUCAGUUGAGUAAGGACUACAAUCAUGAGCCAAUAGCCAUUGCAUCUGUCGGCACAAAUGAUUAUAACCCUGCAACGGAUGAAGAAAUGGCUGAUUUUGAAGCUGUUUCAUCCCCAAAAGAUGGCACGCCGAUCCAGCUGAUGCUUGGGCCAUCAACAGUUUCCCAGCAGAGUGCAGAUGGCCAUUGGGUGGCAAGUGUUAGUUCAAUGGCAUGUGAUUUUGCCUUAGCUCAGAAGUCCCCUGAAUCUCAGCCAACUAAAGUUGGAAAAGUGGGGCAACCAAAUUUUGAUGCACUCUUCAGAAACUCUCUGGAGAAAAGAAGACAGUCUCACAUGGAAGCAAUGCCACAGGUUGUGUCAACACCAGUUAUGCAAGAGAGAUUCCCUGUUACUGAAUUUAAUUAUCCUGUGGAAAAUUCAGUACCACAAACUGUAGUAAUUAAAGAUAUAGAAGAUGAAGAACUUACUGACAUUCACCAAGAAGUUGAAAAUGAUGUUGUGGCAAGUAGUCAGGUUGAAGAAGUCGCGGAAGCUAAACUCAAAUUGAUCUUAAGAAUAUGGAGGCGACGUUCUUCAAAGCGAAGGGAGUUGCGUGAACAGAGGCAAUUAGCAGCAAGUGCUGCACUAGAUUUGCUAUCACUGGGCCCACCAAUUCAACAUAAUGAAGAUCAACCAAGCACUUUCAGCGAGUUCAAUAUUGACCAAAUUAUGAGGGAGAGAUACCAAAAACAUGAACAAUCCUGGUCCAGGCUGAAUGUUUCAGAAGUGGUAGCAGAUAAAUUGAGUGGAAGAAAUCCCGAUUCUAAAUGUUUGUGCUGGAAAAUUAUUGUAUGUUCCCAGAUGAACAACCCAGGAGGAGAAAACAUGGGCCAUAGGAGCCAAGUUGCCCAUUUUGUAGCAGGUACGUGGUUGCUUUCUAAGCUUCUGCCUACCAGAAAAGAUGACGAUGCUGGUCUAGUAAUUUCAUUACCCGGGCUGUCUAUGUGGGAGAAAUGGAUUCCUAGCCAAUCUGAUGCUGAUAUGACCUGCUGUUUGUCCAUUGUUGUGGAAGCAAAAUUUGAUAAUCUAAACCAGACAGCACUUGGUGCAAGUGCAGUUCUUUUCCUUGUAUCUGAAAGCAUCCCAUUGGAGCUUCAAAAGGCCCGACUCCAUAACCUUCUGAUGUCUUUACCUUCUGGUUCAUGCUUGCCACUGCUGAUCUUAAGUGGCACAUACAAAAAGGAUGCUUCAGAUCCUUCCUCUGCCAUAAUUGAUGAAUUGGGGCUCAACAGCAUUGAUAGGUCACGUGUAAGUCGCUUUUCAGUUGUUUUCCUUGUUCAAGAUCAGCAAACUGAACACACUGAUGGGUUUUUCAGUGACGAGCAAUUAAGAAAGGGGCUGUAUUGGUUGGCUAGCGAAUCACCCCUACAACCCAUUCUUCACUGUGUCAAAACACGUGAACUGGUUCUGACCCACCUUAAUUGUUCUUUGGAGGUUCUUGAAAAUAUGAACAUAUACGAGGUGGGUCCAGACCAGUGUAUCUCUGCCUUCAAUGAUGCAUUGGAUCGAUCUCAAGGAGAGAUUUGUGUUGCAGCUGAUGCAAAUCGUACCAGUUGGCCAUGUCCUGAGAUUGCUUUGCUAGAGGAGUCUGUUCAUGAGCAUAGAGCCAUUAAGCUGUACUUGCCAAGCAUAAGAUGGAGCUCUGCUGCAAGAAUUGAACCCCUUGUAUGUGCAUUAAGGGGUUGUAAACUCCCUACUUUCCCAGAUGAUAUAUCUUGGUUGAACAGAGGUUCCAGCAUGGGCCAGGAGAUUGAGAACCAGAGAUUGCUUCUUGAAAAUUGCUUGAUCAGAUACCUCACUCAGUUGAGUAAGAUGAUGGGCUUGGCACUGGCAAAAAGGGAGGUCCAUGUCAUGCUUCAGAACAGCACCAAACUUGAGCUCCAUAAUUCAAGCUACUAUAUAGUUCCGAAGUGGGUAAUGAUUUUCCGACGGGUUUUCAAUUGGCGGUUAAUGAGUUUAUCUAGCGGACCUGCUUCUGCAGCUUAUGUUUUGGAGCACUACAGUGCUGCUCCAACAAAAUCGGGAAGUUCUGAUAAACCAGGGCUUGAAGGUAGCAGAUCAUCACCGUAUUGUUUAAUUCAUCCCACUCUAGAUGAAAUGGUUGAAGUUGGCUGUAGCCCCCUUUUAUCCAGGAAGGGUCGGUCAGAGCCCGAGCCUUUUCAACCUCUACCAAGAUUGGUUUAUGAUAGUUCUCAUGUUCAGGAAUAUAACACCAAUGAUUUGGAGGAGGAUGAAGGGAAUUUUGUACAGGGUGUUGAGUUGGCAGAAUCAAAUGGUUAUACUUACUCAACUGAUGGAUUAAGGGCUACUGGCAGUAGAGAAUUGGUAGUGGUUACUGAGGCAACGAUGGGAGCUGGAAAAUUAAGCAAGUUGGUAGAGCAGUGUAACAGAUUGCAGAACAUGAUAGAUAAGAAGCUUUCAGUUUAUUUCUGAUAUGCUAAUUAUUCUACUUGAAAAUUUUUGUAUCUAUAGGUGCGCACACAUGUUCUCGAAGAAUUCUGUUUCGUUUUGGAGUUCUGUAAUUCUAUUGUAAUGUUUCUUCAUGCAAUGAAAAUAAUAAGAGCUUUGAAGACAUUUCUCUGGGCA